AAACCCCCAAUUUUUUUGGUUUUCUCCUCCAACCCCAAGUUCCCAACUCAAUCCCCCCUCCCCCAAACCCUCAACUCCAUCUCCUCCCUUGCUGCCGCCGUUGGGGUGCCGCUGCUGCCGUCGUCGUCGCCGUGUGGUGGUGCCGCCAGCUACUCGCUUUGUUUUUACUCAUUGUGUUCCAUCCUAAAUUUUUAUUGGGACUGCUCCGCCACUGCCCACUCCCCCCUCUGAUCUCUUUCUCUCCCCUCUCUCUCUCUCUCUCAUCCCACUUUUACCCAUCAGCUUUUAAACAUCCUAGGUUUUAGCCCUAAAACCCUCAAAGUACAAUGCUGCCAACACCUCUCUCGCGUGGAUUGAAGAGAAAAGCCAAGAGGAAACAAAUUCAACAACAAGAUGCAGAACUCGAGCGAUUCGAUUCGCUCCCAUGGAACCCAUCUCUUCCCAAUGACGACCACAACGCCUUCUCCAAUGUCGUCAGCAACAACGAGCUUGAAGGAGGUUUUCUUAUGCUUGAAGAGAUUGAUGAGGCUGAAUAUGGUUUACAAAUUCCUGAACCACAAGUAGAAAUUAGGGAAAAGAAGGAAAAUUCUAAGCAAAGUAAAAAGUUCAAGAAACGGAAGUGCAGCGGAGUCGAUGGCUCUGCUGGCGAUGGGGCGGAGGCUAAUGGUGAAGAGAGAUUGGACAAGGAUGAUAAUGAGAUGGAUAAAAGGAAGAAAAAGAAAAAGAAGCUAGAGGAAGCUCAGGGAAGUGAGAAUGUUGAUGGAAAUGGUGACAAUGAGGUUGAAGAGAAAGACAAGGAUGACAAUGUUAAUAUUAAGAAGAAAAAGAAGAACAAGAACAAGAACAAGAACAAGGCCAAGGAGACCCUGGAAAAUGAGGAGAACACAGUUGACGACAGUAGCAAUGGCAAGGAAGAAAUUGAAGAAGAGCCUUUUGAUGAAGAUGAAUAUUAUGCAUGGAAUGAGUUGAGACUCAAUCAUCUGAUUAUGAAAUCAAUAUAUCGGCUUGGGUUCAAGGAACCAACGCCAAUACAAAAAGCUUGUAUUCCCGCUGCUGCUCAUCAAGGGAAGGAUGUUAUUGGUGCUGCGGAGACAGGGUCUGGGAAGACUCUAGCUUUUGGUUUGCCCAUUUUGCAACGGUUGUUGGAGGAAAGAGAAAAGGCUGCGAAGAUGUUUGAUGAAAAGGGGGACCAAACAGAAAAUUUUGCUCUGAAAGGUCUUUUACGGGCCCUUAUUAUUACUCCCACAAGAGAACUUGCACUUCAGGUAUCUGAUCAUCUUAAGGCAGUUGCCAAGGAUACUGAUGUUAGAGUGGUUCCAAUAGUUGGAGGGAUGUCAAUGGAAAAACAGGAGAGACUUCUAAAAGCAAGGCCUGAGAUUAUUGUUGGGACUCCAGGAAGAUUAUGGGAACUUAUGUCUGGUGGAGAAAAGCAUCUUGUUGAGUUACAUUCCUUGUCUUUCUUUGUGCUGGAUGAGGCUGAUCGAAUGAUAGAAAAUGGCCAUUUCCGUGAAUUGCAGUCAAUAAUUGACAUGCUUCCAGUCAGGAAUGGAUUAACUGAAUCCCAUUGUGAAAAUGCACAAAAUUCUGUUGAGAUGUCCAACUUCCAGAGGAAGAAAAGACAAACAUUUGUUUUCUCUGCUACUAUAGCACUAUCUCCUGAUUUUCGUAAGAAGCUAAAGCGUAGUUCGCUAAAAUCAAAGCAAUCAAUGUCUGAUGGGGUGAAUUCUAUAGAAGCUCUAAGUGAGCGAGCAGGAAUGAGAGACAAUUUUGCCAUCAUUGAUCUGACAAAUACAUCCAUUUUGGCAAAUAAGCUUGUGGAGUCAUUUAUCGAGUGCACGGAAGAAGAUAAAGAUGCCUAUUUGUAUUAUAUUUUAAGUGUUCAUGGACAAGGUCGCACACUUGUGUUCUGUACGUCAGUUGCGGCGUUGCGACAUAUAUCAUCACUCUUGCGCAUUCUUGGAACGAAUGUCUGGACACUUCAUGCUCAGAUGCAGCAGCGAGCUCGCUUGAAGUCAAUCGAUCGUUUUAGGGGAGAUGAACAUGGUUUACUUGUGGCCACUGACGUUGCAGCAAGAGGCCUGGAUAUUCCUGGUGUUCGAACUGUUGUUCACUACCAGCUUCCACAUUCAGCAGAAGUUUAUGUUCACAGAAGUGGUAGAACUGCUAGAGCUUCUGCUGAUGGAUGCAGCAUUGCAUUAAUUGCACCAAAUGAGACAUCCAAAUUCGUUUCGUUGUGCAAAUCAUUUUCAAAGGAAAGUUUUCAGCGAUUUCCCAUGGACAACGCAUACUUGCCUGAGGUCAUCAAACGAUUAUCUCUUGCCCGUCAAAUAGACAAAAUUCUGCGGAAGGAUUCCCAGGAGAAAUCAAAGAAAAGCUGGUUUGAAAGAAAUGCAGAAUUGAUUGAAUUAGUUGUGGACAACGAUGACAGCGAGGAGGAAAGGGGGAAAAAUCAUAAGAAAAGGAAAGCCAGCUCCAUGAAUUUAAACAACUUGCAGCAGGAGCUCAAGAUGUUACUUUCGCGCCCAUUACAACCAAAGUCAUUUUCACAUCGUUAUUUGGCAGGGGCUGGUAUUUCGCCUCUCCUGCAACAUCAAUUUGAAGAAUUGGCUAUGAAAAAACUUGGUGACAAGAGUGACUCGGGAGAUAAGAAAAAAAGUAAAUUGGUAGUUAUUGGUCAGGAUUGCGUGGAACCACUCCAGGCACUUCGGAGUGCUGGGCAUGAGGUGCGCAUAGAUGGGAAAGAGAUGGCACAAAAACGAAGAAACAUAGUGGAUUUGAGGAGGAAAAGAAAAGAGGAGAAAACACGUUUGAGAGAUCAACGAAGAAAACGGAAGAAACAGCUAAAAGGGGGAGAUUGAGCUGAAAGGCCAAUUGAAAUUUUUGUUUACUCUGGUGUUGAUAAUCUAGGACCAACAACAUAUGCUAAUUGUAAGUUCAAAGUAGCUUCGUGGCCUUUUCUAUUUUCUUUUUCUUGGUGGAAAGGAGAUUCUUUGAUGUGGCCAUUUACCUCUAGGUUGAAAUUGAAUUUUGAAUUCACAGUCGUUCAGCCUUAAACCUUGAGUUAUUAUUUCAAGUUUUUAUUCUUUUUUAUGUAAUAAGAAUUAUUCAGCUCCAAGUAAAAUGACUCAGAUUUCCGUG